CAUUGGAUGCGAAAUAAAUACCUUUUCCAUUUUUUAAAUAAUUACAUAAGUAAAUAUGAUACAAACUCAGAUCUGUGUUUGUAUCUACUCCUCCACCAGAUUUGACUUCAAGGUCGGUCUCCUAGCUCAAAAAGCUUAUCUUACAGUGUCACUAACUCCAGAUAAUCUAAGGCCGAAAAAUAUUGGCUUUAAGACACCAUUAAAGCCCAAGAAUCAGUUUCUCUCUCACAAGAGAAGCUAUCGAGGGAGCUUACAAACAAUGGCUGGAUUCACUAUGAGCUUGAAUCUACUUCUACUAGUAGCCAUGGUAGCUACCAACAUCCUCUCUCUCUACCACCUCUCCUCCACCACCAACUUCUUCCAGUCCGCCGUCAAAUCCUCCCCCUCCUCCGUCCCCACAGUCCCCGACCACCUCCUCCGCCAGCUCCACACGAUCCGCGCCGCCAUCAACCACCUCACAAACCACAAUCCAGACAAAUCAACUUCCACCGUCUCCUCCACCGUCUCCUCCUCCGCGCCGCCGAAAGAUCUCCUCCUCUACUCCAAGCUCUCCCCCAUAGCUUCCGCCUGCCACAACUACCCUGACCUCCUCCACGAGUACAUGAACUACACUCCUUUCUCUCUCUGCCCCUCCGACGCCGAUCUCGCCGAGAAGCUCAUCCUCCGCGGCUGCCACCCUCUCCCUCGCCGCCGUUGCUUCUCCCGCACGCCGAGGGCUACAGAUUCAAAGCCUGAUUCUCACGUCAUCUGGUCUCGCUACUCAUCCUGCAAGACGUUCGAUUGCUUGGCGGCGAAGCUUCCCGGCGCAGGCUUCGACCUCUCCGCCGAGAAGUCCAAGUCUCAGUUCUCCGCCUACAAGUCCGAGCUCGAUCUCCCGAUCACGCAGCUCCUCCAGAUCGCUAAAUCUGCUAACUCCGUCCUCCGCCUCGGGAUCGACGUCGGCGGAGGGACGGGAUCCUUCGCGGCGGCGAUGAAGGCGCGGAACGUCACCGUCGUAACCACGACGAUGAACUUCAACGCGCCGUAUAGCGAGGCGGUGGCGCUGAGGGGGCUCGUGCCGCUGCACGUGCCUCUCCAGCAGAGGCUUCCGGUUUUUGACGGCGUGGUGGAUUUGGUUCGGUGUGGGAGGGCUGUGAACCGGUGGAUUCCGGUUACGGUUAUGGAGUUUUUCUUGUUUGAUUUGGACCGGGUUUUGAGAGGGGGUGGUUAUCUUUGGUUGGAUCGGUUCUUUAGCAAGAAGGUGGAUCUUGAGAAUGUGUAUGGGCCGAUGAUUGGGAAGUUGGGGUACAAGAAGGUGAAAUGGGCGGUGGCGAAUAAGGUGGAUUCGAAGCAUGGUGAAGUUUUCUUGACGGCUCUGCUUCAGAAACCUGUUGCAAGAUGAUGAACAAUCUUUUGUGAGUUGUAGGAAACUCGAACGUUGUGUCUUUGUAUCUGCCUAACUGGUUUCACGUCUGAUCCAAAGUUGUGGGUUGUUAUGCAGGGCACUUUCGUCGAGUGUCAGAACGUGUAUGUUUGUAGCAAACAGCUUACUGUUGUUGAAUAUUUGGGAGACAAGAUUCUUGGAACAAUUAUAGAUAUGAAGCUUUUUCCAGCUGUAAGCACAGAAGCAACAAUGUGUUAAUUUCUGCAAAACAAGUAGUCAUUUUAAUGCCAAGUUUUUGAAUCUAUUGUUGUUAAGAGGGACUGAUCAAGUUAUAUAUAAAUUAUGAAUUCUUUCUGUCAGCUUAUAUAUGCAUUCAUAUUAUUCGUAAGAUGGUGUUCUGUGUCCACGGCAGACUGCAGUUGCAGAUAUUAGAAUGAUUUUAAGAAUUCUGAGGA